UCGGUGUGAUCGAGGCGAAACUGGUCCAGACCUCUUGGCUGAAGAUGUAGUGCGCUAUAGGCUCACAGUGCAUUGAAAAUCAAAUAUAGGAAAAAAUGAAGUCCUAUCGAUUGCAACUGGAUUUGUCCAUCGCUGCUCUAUUGCCUAGGGCAAGGCACAUAAAUGAUGAGAGAAGAACGCACAUCCAUUUACUAGACUAGACUGGGGUAGAUAGGACAAGCCCAAUGUAGGUUACAUCACGGCGUUGGUCAAAGUGCCGGCAGAUGACAGUUCGAGGCGGUGCUUUGCUUUUUUUUAUAGCUAGGGAGGGGGAAAUAGCUGAGUCGGGCGUGGCAGUCAGCCAAUCUUUCUUAUUAUCUCUGGGUAAAUGAAAGCUGACAACUAGACUACCUUUAUUGCAGCGUCCAGAGACAGUUUCCGUCGAUUUGUUGCGUGUAAAAACUUAGAAUCGUGCCUCGAUCCUCGCGGAGGAAAUAUCUUACUGGACGAACCGCACGACAAUCCGCUUGAAGGACGACGGACGGACAACGCUCAUCAUCGCGAAAUAUAGUGGUUUGUGCAGACGCAGGCAGCAUGUCCGCCCCCACAGACCCAGAGGUGAAGGAGCUGAACCCAGUCGACUUCAUCCAGCUACAGCAGUACAUUGACUACUGCAGGCUGAGGGUUAAAGAUGUGCUGAGGGAAUUUGAUGCGGAUGGCAGGCUGGCCCAGCACAGACAUGGAGAGUGUAUCAAUGAGGAAGGCUUCCGUCUCUUCCUGAAGAGCUAUUUGGAGGUUGAGGACUUCCCUAAGGAUCUCUGCCAGCGCCUGUUCCGAUCCUUCCAGAGCGGAACCCAACUGGACGGGCAGGACAACGCUAAAGAAGUCUUUCUGAAGGACGUUUCUUGUUACUUCUCCCUGUUGGAGGAUGGCCAGCCCAGAGACAAGCUGGAGUUUGCUUUCAAACUGUAUGACAGAGAUGGCAAUGGAGUCCUUGACAGCUCUGAGGUGGACCGGAUCAUUGCUCAGAUGAUGCACGCUGCAGAUUACCUGGGCUGGGAUGUGUCUGAGCUGAGACCAGUGCUGAAGGACAUGAUGACGGCCAUCGACGCAGACAGCAGUGACACAGUCUCUCUGGAUGAAUGGGUGGAGGGAGGAAUGAACAACGUCCCUCUGCUGGUAUUACUGGGGCUGAAGAUGACUCAGAAGGAUGGGCAGCACCUAUGGAGGAUGAAACAUUUCAACAAACCUGUCUACUGCAACGUGUGUCAGAGCAUGCUGCUAGGACUGAGGAAACAGGGUCUUUGCUGCACCUGUUGUAAAUACACGGUCCAUGGACGCUGUGCCAACAGAAACCCAGCUCCCUGUACCAGGACCUAUGUCAAGUCUAAGAAAGACACGGGGGUUCCAACCCAUGACUGGGUCAGUGGGAACUGUGACUCUGGGAAGUGUGACAAGUGUCAGAAGAAGAUCAAGAGUUAUCACGGGCUGACGGGCAAACACUGUGUCUGGUGCCACUCCAUGCGCCAUGAUGACUGUGCCUCCCAGGAGCCCUCUGACUGUAACUGUGGAACUCUCAGAGACCAUAUCCUCCCCCCCUGGGCCAUCUACCCUGUUAUGAAGGAGAAGCAAAACAGCAUGAAGAACGGCUCCUCGAGCUCAGCCGACAACAGUGACCACAACACCACUCCUGACGGAAAGGUGCUUCAGAUUAAUCCGGUCCCAGACACUCAUCCUCUUUUAGUGUUUGUGAACCCUAAAAGUGGAGGGAAGCAGGGAGAAAGAGUUCUGCGUAAAUUUCAGUAUUUGCUGAAUCCACGGCAGGUGUAUAACCUCUCCAAUGGUGGACCAGGAGCAGGGCUGUGCUUCUUCAGAAAUCUGAAGGAUUACAGGAUCUUGGUUUGCGGAGGCGACGGCACUGUGGGCUGGAUACUUGAUGCCAUAGAAAAAGCCAAUCUUCAAGUGCGGCCACCUGUGGCUGUGUUACCCCUGGGCACAGGAAAUGACCUCGCACGUUGUCUUAGAUGGGGAGGAGGUUAUGAUGGAACGGAUCUGUGUCGGAUCCUGAAGGAGAUCGAGGGCAGCACCCCAGUGCUGAUGGACCGCUGGAAUGUAGAGGUGAUCCUAGAGGACCCCGAGGAGAUGGGAGACCCUGUGCCUUAUGAGAUCAUCAACAACUACUUCUCCAUCGGAGUGGAUGCCUCUAUUGCCCACCGGUUUCAUACGCUGAGAGAGAAACACCCCCAGAAAUUCAACAGCAGAAUGAAGAACAAGUUGUGGUACUUUGAGUUUGCCACCUCUGAGACCAUCUCUGCUUCAUGCAAGAAACUGAAUGAAUGUCUUACAAUUGAGUGCUGCGGCACCCCAUUGGACCUGAGUGGCCUUUCUAUGGAGGGGAUCGCUGUCCUCAACAUUCCCAGCAUGCACGGUGGAUCCAACCUGUGGGGAGAAGCCAAGAAGAGUGAAUGCAAGUGCUUGAUGAAUCCUCAGGAAAUGCCUGAGGUUAUUGUCGACUAUGAAGUCCUGAAAGUCAGCGGACAAGACCUCAGUGACCGGCGUUUGGAAGUGGUUGGCCUAGAAGGGGCCAUGGAGAUGGGGCAGAUAUAUACGGGAUUUAAGAGUGCUAUAAGACUAGCAAAAACCUCACAGAUUACAAUCAGGACUAAGAAACCUUUACCGAUGCAGAUAGACGGAGAGCCCUGGAUGCAGCCACCCUGUAUGAUUCACAUCACACACAAGAACCAGGCCAAUAUGCUGAUGGCUCCCCAGGGCCGGUCCAGCUUCUUCAGCUCAAAGUAGUAGCCUGCUCCCUGGCUACACGCAGUAACAUGACCUGUAUGCACUUGCUUAUUAUUUUACAUUUGUGAAAUGACUGAAGCAACUUGGUUUGUGAAACCAGUUGGUAUGUGCAUAUUUUAGAGAAAUAGGUUGACCAACAUUUUCAGAAAGUUCAACACAUAUUAUUUUGUUCGUUCUGCCUCAAUACAAGAUGGUAUUAUGAAAACAUUGCAAACUACAGCUGUAUGAUAUCCUUAUAUAUGACUCUGGACAAGAAGUUAAGAGCUUUUAGUGGGUUUUAUGUGCCUUUGCCAUCAUUUUUGCCAAAUUCAUCUUAUGUGUUAUCAAGGAGACAAAGACUGCUAGGUUGCACAGUCUAAGAUAUUGGUAUCCGCUUCAAAAGUUUGACUGAAAUGUUUAUUCAACAAGAUUAUUUGAACUGCAUUUUCCUUAAUUGUUAUUACAUUUUAGUAGGAUAAUUUAAAUGUAUAUAUAAUUUGGUCAUUGAAAGUCUAGAACUUUCUAGGAUUUAUUAAAUAUUUAGAAGCUCAGUGCAUAAUGCUUGUGCUAAUAUACCCACAUAAGUGCAGAUUUAUAUGAAAUUAUUAUGCACUAUUUAGUGCUUGUGUAUGUUAGCAGGAAACCCUUUGCUCCUUUGUCCUGUGGUCAAAUGUAAUUUAAUUGUUUUAAUAGCAGAACUAAAAUGGCCUUUUAAAAAGCCUGUAGUUUUAAUAUAUUGAGUGACAGUUUGGAGUCAAAAAUGAAUUGUUUACUUCUGCCUCUCAAUGCAAGGUCUCAGUUUUCUCUUAUUCGGUAUCUCUAAUUGGAUGUUAGCCAUAUCAUUUCACUUAAAUCCUGAGAAUAUUGAAAAUAUUGUAAAUUAUGCUAUAGAUAUUUCAAUAAACCGUCAUGACAUUG